UCCUCUUCAGCAUCUCCAGGUCUAACAGUCCUCAAAGCUAUGAUCCUCAAAACCCCUUCUCUGGCUGGACUUUUGCUCACUCUCUCUGGGCUGGAGGCCAUUGUGCAUCUGACAAUGGAGAAAUCCAUUGAGUUCACUGUGGGUCAGAACGUUCAGAUUCUCUGUGGAAAAAGUGAAAAUGGCUAUAGGAUUUCAUGGUAUCAGCAGAAGACUGGAGAGGCUCCUAAAUUCCUACUUGCUGACAGCUAUAGGGCCAGUGAGCUUCCCAGCAGAUUCACCUACACUGACAAUGGCGCAAAAGAAUAUCUGAACAUCAAUGGAGCUCAGGCUGAAGAUGAGGCGAUAUAUUAUCAUCUGUGCGCUGUCUCACUGUGGCAUGGCAGCAUUGGCGACGGCACAGAGUUAAGGAUCGCUCGUCCAGCGUCUCCUCCAUCAGUGGUCCUGCUGUCCCCCUCUCAGGGGGGCUCCUCUGGAGGUGAGGUCAGUGUGGUCUGUGUGCUGCAGGGCUUCUACCCUGACAGCGUCACCCUGUCCUGGGCUGAGGACGGCAGAGCCGUGGCCGGUUCUGAGGUCCAGACCGGACCGUCCCGGCGCCGGGCCGACGGCACCCUGUCCCAGAGCAGCGUCCUGAAGCUGAGCGCGGGACGCUGGAGCUCCGGACACGCCUUCACCUGCAGAGUGACCCAUCCUGCACUGACCAGCCCACUGACCAAGAGCACCAGUGCAGCACAGUGCAGCUAGAGCCAUCACAUAAUAAUACACUCACAUACGUUUAAUAUAGCACGCUAAUGCUAAUGCUAACACGAAACAGCUCUUUCUGCAUCAUUUCCUUUCAAACUUAUUAAAGAGAAUUAUAGAAUGUUGCUUCUGAGUUAUAAAAUGUGAUUUACUAUAUAGGAAAUUUUAGUUUAUUGAAAGGAAUUUAUAUAUAUUUCAUUUCUUUUACCUUUACAGAGUAAAAUUCAUAUUAAUGAGUAAAAGUCUGUGGAAAAGUGGAAAUUAAACUUUUUGGCAGAAUAAAAUUUGUUGCUGAUUAAAGUUUCUGUUGCUGAAGUUUUGCUGAAUAACUGUACAAUUACUGAACAAUAAUAAU